CCAUAUGCAUCUCACAACUCGAACCCUUCCCUACCUCGUUACCUUCGUCCUCUCACAGUCUUUCUGCUCUUGCAACUUAGCAGGAAGGAUGAGUUCAGUCACUCGUGCCGCUCUGGAUCAGAAGGUGGCCAUGGCCAAGCGCUGUGCCCAUGAGGGAGUCAUGGCGGGGGCAAAGGCGGCCGUCGUCGCAAGUGUUGCAGCUGCCAUCCCCACAUUGGCUAGCGUUAGGAUGCUGCCGUGGGCGAGGGCCAACCUCAAUCCUACUGCUCAAGCCCUCAUCAUCUCCACAGUCGCAGGAGCAGCCUACUUCAUAGUUGCGGACAAGACGGUGUUGGCCACUGCCAGGAGGAACUCCUUUCAGAGCACUCACCAAGUGAACACUCAUAUGCCCAAGAACUAAGAGGUGUACAAUGUAUAUGAUCUCGUUUUGGAGUGCUAUAUCGCAUGUAGACCGACCCAAGCCAAGUAUAAUAAUGAAUUAAUGGCUCCAAGUAUCUGUUGUCGA